CGCCCAGAAGGCAAAAAUGAAGAUAUUGCAUUUACUCGGUGCCGUGUUCCUGCUGAGUUGGGGAACCUAUAGGACGACAGAGGCCCAGCAAUUAUGCGGCCAACGCCUUGUGUCCAGUGGAGUAAUGGGAGGGCAAGAUUCCCAACCGGGCAUGUGGCCUUGGCAAGUGAACAUUCGCAGCCAAAGUGGAGGUUUUUGUGGUGGAUCCCUGAUUACAAGUAAAUGGGUCGUGUCUGCGGCUCACUGCUGUGAUAGUACAUUGACACCAUCCAACUACACAGUCUACGCCGGGUCCUACAACCUAUCUGGCACAAACCCAAACGAAGUAAGUAUUACAGUGAAAAACUUCAUCAUUCAUCCAAACUACACAGCAGCUGAAAAUGGCUCUGAUAUUUGCCUCAUGGAGCUGGGAACUGAGCUGAACUUCACCCAAUAUAUUGCUCCAGUUUGUCUGCCCGCAUCUGGGGUGACUUUCCCAACGGGACUGCCAUGUUGGGUGACUGGCUGGGGAGAACCUGCAUUUAAUGUCAGCCUCCCAUCACCUGUGACCUUGCAGCAAGAAUCAGUGCCCCUGAUUGGUUCACAGGACUGUAACAAUUAUUACGCCUCUCACCCCUAUAUUAAGGAUGACAUGAUAUGUGCGGGUAACGUCAGUGGAGGAAAGGGUUCCUGCCAGGGGGACUCUGGGGGGCCGUUGGUUUGUGCUGAAGCCGACCGUUGGUUCUUGGUUGGAAUUGUGAGCUUUGGAUUGUCUUGUCAGCAGCCAAAUUACCCCGAGGUAUAUGGCCGAAUAAAUGGGUUUCUGGACUGGAUAACGAGUUCUAUCCCCAACGUCUCUGCAAAUGUGCUCAAUGUGACUUUUACUGGGCCAACACCAAACACCACAGCAACUACUACAUCAACCCUUACUACUUCCAUUCCCAACAUUACUAACUCUCUUACUACUUCCCUUACUCCUUCUGUUCCAAAUGCUACUUAUUCCGCUACUGCUUCUUCUAUUGCAAACAUUACUGACUCUCUUACUACUUCUCUUUCUACUUCUCUUCCAAACACAACUACUUCCCUUGCUACUUCUCUUCCAAACACUACUACUUCUGUUGCCAAUUACCUUGCUAAUGCUGUUCAAAACACUACCAAUUCCGUUACUACUAACCUUCCUACUCCCAUUCCAAUGUUCACAUUUACCCUUAUUAUUGUCUAUAUUUGCUCAUUUUCAUUGCCUUCAUAGAAGAGAACAAAGGCAAAACUCUUGCACUCACAUCCCCACCAAAGUCAUGAACAAUAGAGACAAUAAGUACUUAGGGUAUAUUAUUUGGUAGCAGUGCAUAUUGGUCUUUAUGGCCAUUGAUAUCCAAAUGAAAUAAUAAAACAUUAAUGCCGCAGAAGCUUGCAUGUAGGAUCUUUUUGGUUUGCAAUAAAGACAGAGUUCUAUGGUAACUCAAGGUUCUAGGUCAUUCUACUUCGAUUUUAGCUGCCCAUUCCUUCAGUUACACCAGGGAGCCCUUCUCCUUUUCACCAAUGCCUUGCUCAUGUUGUAAAGGGACUGUAACAUGGCAGGAAGGUUAUGGGAAAGGCCAAGGCAGGUUGAAGUCAGCCACCCUGAGAAGCAAUGAUGGAAUAGCAGCUAUAAAAUGUAUUUAUAUAUAAGAAAUGCUCUGUACCUUGUGUAUUUAUGUUACUAUUUAAAUAAACUCAUACACAGCGAA